CAGACAGCCGACCACUGCAUAAGUGUGGAGCGCGGGACGGACUGACUUCAGCCCACACCACUCCUCCUCUGUCCGAGGGAAGACCCAAAACCUCUGCUGUGAUGCGCGCACGCUCAUCUCCACUAAUAAUGUGACCAUCACACGGACACGGUUGUCAGAUGUUUAAGCUCAUCGUCGCUUCAUUGUACUUGAGUGCCGCCGGUUUUCCACACUGUCACACAGAGUUUGCAGCCAGGCUACAGCAGGCUAUCCACGAGGGAUACCUGGCGUGAGAUGCGGCAAUGUCCCGAGGAUUAUGCCCACGCGUAAACUCCUGCGGCUCUGCUUGGAUUUUGUCCGCGCUCGUAUUUGCGGUGAACGCGCUCGACGUGGACGCGUACAGCUGUCAUGAAGUGAGGACCGCGUUCCAGCUGCGGCAGGUCGGGCCGCCGCACCGCGUCCCGGAGACACCUGGCAGAGAUGUGGAUCUGUUGGUUUGCAAGCACCAGGGUCCGUCAUGCUGCACCCGGAAGAUGGAGGAGAGCUACCAGUUGGCUGUAAAAAGAGAAACCCUCCACAACAUUCAGUCCUACAGCUAUGAGCUGGAGCACCUCAUCUCCGGCCACUCGGAUGCCUUCCAGGACAUGUUCCAGUACCUUCUAUCCUUCUCUCAGGGCCACCUGAGUUCUCUGUUGGAGGGAACCUACUCAUCCCUGUCCCGCCAAGCCCUACCCCACGUUAACCAACUCUUCUCCUCCCUCUCCCUCUACCUCCGGGGGGCCAACGUGUCCGUCGAGGCGUCGAUCCACCAAUUUUUUAACAACCUCUUCCCGCUCGUCUACACGCGGCUCAUCAAUCCAGGCCUAGAAGGCAACAUGAUGAUGGGCAGCGAAAUGGAUGACUGUCUCCGAAUGAUCAGGCAGGAUGUCAACCCCUUCGGGCCUCAUCCAGCCGUCAUGGUCCAGGAGCUGGAGGGGGCACUGGGAGCCGGGAGACAACUGGGCCUGGCCCUGGAGGAGGGCCUUGAAGUGAUGAACGCCACCAAACAUGUCAGCAUGAGCAAAGAGUGUGUGAAGGGCCUGGUGAAGAUGGUGUACUGCUCCCACUGUCGAGGCUUGACGCUCAUCAAGCCCUGCGUGGGCUACUGUCUGAACGUAAUGCGAGGCUGCUUGGCCAGCCUGUCAGAGCUGGAUCAGCCUUGGAGGAGGUAUACCACCCUGUUGGAGCAGCUAACCCACGCCAUGGCUGGCCAACACAGUCUGGAACUAGCCCUGCUAGGGGUGAGGGGCCACGUUAAUGAGGCCCUGCUCUACGCACAGCUCCACGGUCCACUCGUCACAGCCACAGUGGACAAGGUGUGUGGUCUGUCUACAAGGGAACCUCCGAGCAUGCAGCCUACGAGCCCGGAGGUCACGACCUCAACCUCGGCUGUAACCUCGUCCUCUCUUCCUCCAUCUGCCACCCCGUCCCAACCUCUACCGGAGCAGUGGCUGGGGCAGUUAGCCCACUUGAGGAGCUCGUUCCCCCUGAAACCCUCCAAGAGCAAUAAACAUAGUCUGAGAACACUCUCUAGGGAGUUCUUGAUGUACCUGCAGCGCUACAAGUCUUUCUUUGCGGCGUUGCCAGAGAUGCUGUGCGAAGGGGAGAACGUAGUGGACGACUCCACGUGCUGGAGCGGCGACGACGUGGUGGAGAGCUACACUGGCAGAAUUGUCGGAAAUGGUCUUCACGCCCAGAGGCAAAACCCGGAGGUCAAAGUUCGGAGCCCAAACCCUACACUGGCCGAGGUCAAGGAGAGGUUGGAGCUCUUCAACCAGGAGACCCAGGAGAGGUUUCCAAAACUGGGCCAGGUGGAGGUCUGGGAUGAGCUGGGCAGUGGGGAAGCAGAGGAGGGCAGCACCACAGACUGUGAUGAUGAAGAUGGAUGUGAAGCCUCAGGAGACGGUCAGGAUCAGACCUCGCAUCCAGACCUCUCAAGUGAAGGAAAGUCCAAUGGGAGACAGCCCGGAAGUGACCGCCCACGUGAGACCCCUUCCAAGCCCCCCUCGGUCAAGGUGAUAGGGGGCUUGCCGUCUGCCAGCUGGCCACGGCCCUGGAGCCUCGCACUGCUCUUUGCUGCACUUUGCCUGCAGUGGACCCUGUUCUGAUGCCAGUGACCUCUGUGAAUGCCCCCCCCCCCCCCCAUCACUGCCCCCCACCUCCUUUAAGGAACCGCAUACAUGCACGGAGACACUCAUAUCAUUUACAAAGCAUCCUUACUCCUGUCCUCAACGUACUUGUAUGGAUGGGAGUGCGGGGGAAAUGAAAAUGGCAUAACAAGACAAGGCGUGGAAGAGAAGAGAACAACGUCGUAGGAGACUAGACGGAGGGCUCUUGCAGGAACCUGUCCUGCAGCGUCACCAAUGUGGUGGUUUUCACACGCUGAUCGUAUGCACGCUCAUCUACAAAGAUUUGACUGCUUCAUCUGGGCUGUGUCGGUGCUGGACGUUUGUGUCUACAGACACCAAUACAGCCCCCCUACUCGAACACAAACAUACCCUUCGUGGAACGGGACCGCGUCAUUCUGAUUUUACUUAAAAGCGCUUACACAUUUACUCACAUCCAUGUUUCACGUGACCAGUACAAAUGCAGCCAUCUUCUUUUUCUAGAGUUGGUUUUUACUUCUCCUUUGAGGCAAAAAAAAGAAAAGGAAACUCAUCACAGCCACUGCACCAUUUGCCAGUCAUGCAGAAUAAUUCAGCUCAUUUGAAAACUCUACUCAUUUUCUUUUCGAGGAUUAAGGAAUGCAUGGUAGAUUGAUAGAUCGAACCCAGGUGGCCCAGAACAGCAGAUUUGAUAUACUCUAAUGACAUUGUACCUUGGCGGGGAUUAGUAUGGAAUGAGUUCACAGGUAGAGCACUGGCACACUUGCACGACUGAACUCAUUGCGCAGACAAACUAGGUGUGUAUAGUAUGUAACUGUAUAUAGGUGGAAAGAUUGUAUGAGGUUCUGAUCCAACAAAAAGCUCUUAACUGAUUGAGCUGAAUGGGUUAUCUUUAAUUGUCUCUUUGCUAUGAAUGGACUGUGCUUGUCUGCUCCACUACAUAUAAAAUAAUGGGAAAAAAAGAAAAAAAAGCAAGGAUGCACUUCAUUUUCAAAUUCAAACAUGGAUACAUGCUGGGUGUUUGAACAAAGCCUGUACAUUGUUGAUUUGACUAAUGUUUAUUGUGCAUCAGGUUGUGUGUGUUUGCUUGUUGAAUUGCACAUUAAUGCAUGUAUAACCUACCAAGUUAUCAGACAUAUUUCGGUAGGAUUAGGCCCUUCUCUGGGAAGCCUAAAGAACUCUCAAAAACGAUUGCCUUUUCCAAUACAUCAGUACAUCAGGUUGUAUCUUCCUCACUCAAGGAAUGGCUUAGUACUUGAAAUUAUAAGGAAGGUUGGACUGCAGAUCCAUCACAAGCAGAUUCAACUACAAUGUAACACACACACAAAUACAUGUUGAAUGUUUUUUUACAAAGUUGGGUGCGUCUAUGGUCCAGUAUAGUGGUAGCCCUUAUGCAAGUCCCUUUUCAUGAAUUUGUCAUACAUUUUGCCAAAUAAGCUCUACUGUCUCUUCACUCACUCUUAAGCAGACCAUUCCUUUCAAUUCCAACAGAAUAAAAAAAGAUCCUUCUUUGUUUGAAAUGAUUCUUCAUGGGGAUGGAGCAAAAGGGAAGUUCAACAAACAAACUGCACCUGCUACAAUGGCUUUCUCUGAACACCAUCCGCAUCUCUUUUGUAGAUGAGGAUGGUUUAUGUAUUGGUACGGAAAAGUACCUGUGUGAAUGAGGAUGAAUGUCAAUGCUAUGCAGAUACGGUAUUAAACCUGAUUAUACCGAGAGUAUCUUAUAGGUCUAUACACUAACAUGGGUCUAUGUGCGGUGAAAUACCUCUUCCAUUACCAAACCUGUAUUGUAAACAAGUCCUCCUCUUCCUGCUUAAAAGUAACUCACCAUUGGCUCUGCCUCAAAGUGGAAGAAGGAUGACCCGCUUAACUACUUGCAUAUACAUACAAUUAUACAUUAAAGCAUUGCAGUUUAUGGAUAAUGGAGAUUUUAGAUGUGUUCUGUGCCACAUCUUGUUUUCUGUAACCACAUUUGUUUAAUUCAUAUGAUUUCCCCCAUGUACGUUUUGUUAUCGUUCAUUGCACCCACCGAUCACUUACAGUCUUUUACCCUCGCAUGUGUAUAAAUGUACAUAUUUUAA